GACGGAAGUACACGGAAGUGAAUAUCUCACUGUCAAACACCCGCCGAAGUUUGAAACGGCUUGUUUUGGGGGAAGCCUCGUAAAAAAAAUGGCGGCGAGAGAAAAGGCGUCAAAACACCGACAGAAGAGUGUCAAUACCACGUUUGAAGGGUCCAGCAUAGACUCCACCACCGUCGAAGAAAAGCUGUUUGGCCAUGCGGAGGAGGACGAGGACAGUGACGACGGACCGGUGGUCUUCAUCUGCGGGAAGUGCAAGUUACCCGUUGGGGAUUCGCUGUCCUGGGAUGGAAGUGAAGACGGCCAAAACCAAAUUAGACUGAAGCGGGUCACCGACAACGUCCUGGUUGGAGAGGACACUCGACUGUAUGAAGCAAGCAAAAAAUCUCUCUGCCUGAUCAUGGAUCUCUUCUGUCGAGGCUGCCACUCCGUGCUUGGCAUGGUUUAUGCAUCCACGCCUAAGAACCUGGACCACAAGAGAUUUGCAUUCUGUUUCAAUGUAGCGGACAUUGACAGCUAUAUGCUUGGCUCUGCGAGCCAGAUGUUGGCAGCAGAGGGCCCCAAAGAGCAGCCGGUGACGCUGGAGUACAGAGGCAUUGUUGAACAACAGCUGACAGAGAUGAAAAUGCUGGUCAUGUCCAUGGCACAGAGGCUGGAGGAGAUCGAAGCUGGCCCUCAGGAGGGUUGUGAUGAGGUGUGACAGUGAUGGACGUCAGCUUGUCUGGCGCGAGAAUGCGUGCAGGGUUUCAUCAGGCAACCUGCGCACUCAGCACAAUUCCGGAUCGAUCGGGCCAUUUGAGGCCACACACACUGUUUCUUUGUUCUCUUCCUCUAGCACGGAGCCCUGAAGACAGACAGGAUUGCUAGAUGUACUGCCAAAACUCAACAACACUGAAUUUGCAUUGAAACAAGGUUUUAAACAUUAAAGAAAGACACACCCUCUUUCAUAUUUACUGCAUCGCAGUUAGGAACAUUAUUAGAUCAUUCUUCACUUAGGAAUUAUUUAAAGACUUUUUCCUUUUUUUCAAAUAUUGCCAGAAUUUAAAAGGAUAGCAGUCAGCAUCCCUUCAUUUGUUGUUGUUACAUUGACCCCUUGAUGGUUUGUUCAUUUUUCUUUUGUUGGUUCACGAUUGUACGAGCUUGUUUUGUCUGACAUAUUUUUGUGUAAUAAAGUAUUUAGCUGUUUCCAAAAA